UAAUCUCACUCUUCCAUCUUUUAUAGGCUAUAUAGCUAACAUAUAUAUACAUGGGAAUUGUCCCAAAACAUCGAUUAUUGAGUUGCUCAAAACAUUGGACAUGCCUCAUUUGCUAGCCAACCACCACAGCAUUCUUCUCCCACGCACGCCAACAACUACUCUUAGAGAAGGCUGCCGGAGGAGUAUGUUGGUGGAUUGUGGAGGGAGUUGGAGAAAUGCAGGCCAAAUGAGAGGUCUUGCGGUGCAUUGUAGUCCAACGACGUCGUCAUCGGCUGAUCAGAAAGUGGGGUCGGUUGGGCAUGAUCAUUUGGUAAAUGAUUGUGGGUGGAAGGUGAGAAGGUUGGUGGAGAAGGCAGAUGAGAUGAGGAUGGUAGCUCGAGUUCAAGCUGAAGCAUUCCAUGUUCCUGUUGCUCUUUUCAAUGACUUCUUCUUCGACUUCUUUCAGGCUGAAGUGCUUUCUGGGCUAGCAUUCAAACUUAGGAGCUCACCUCCUAACAGAUACGCUUGUUUGGUCGCUCAUGAGGCUACUAUCACCAAUAUUUCUGAUUCACAAAAGCAAAUUGUGGGUGUUGUGGAUGUCACUGUGUUGAGAGAUAAAAAUGUAAUGGACCAUCUUCCACCUCAAGCAGAAGAGUAUCUUUACAUCUCUGGUAUUGCCGUCUUGAAAGCUUUCAGGAGACGGAAAAUAGCGACAGUGUUGCUAAAAGCCUGCGACGUGCUAUCUACUAUGUGGGGUUUUGAGUAUCUUGCCCUUCGGGCUUAUGAAGAUGAUUUGGGAGCACGCAAAUUGUAUGCAAGUGCAGGCUAUCAAGUUGUCUCAGGUGAUCCGCCGUGGCUGACUACGUGGAUCGGAAGAAAACGACGUGUUCUUAUGAUUAAACGGUCUAAUUUACAUUUGUAAUUAGGUUUCUUAUUUGUUCAUUUGUACCAUGGCGUUUGUGUACAUUUUCCUCUCAUAAUGAUCUUCCGGUAUAUUACUCAUUAAAAAAAAAAAAAAAAAAAUGA